GCCGCCCCCCCAGACCACGACCACAGCCAGGCUUCACUGCCCAUCUCUCUACUCUUCAGCCGGGAAUUGGCUUCCAACUCUCACAUACUUUCUGCAUUUGAUCUACUUAAAUCUCCGACUGCCGUUAAUUACCCGCCUUUUAUUUUAAGCCUCCCUUUGCAAAAAGAAGAGGGUCAUGAGAAACCCGUACUCCACACUUACACCAUAGUUUUGUCAUGCAUGGGAUUCUUGGUUCGGUCCGGCCAGACAGCAUCGCAACUCGACCUCAUCCUUUUCGCCGACGAUUCUCUGUAUAGCAACCCCGGCCAAUCUAUUUGUUCGCUCGCGACCUACUGACCCCGAGUCCCUUGCCGAGCAAUCCCCCGAUACGCCCUCUGCACACGCACGUCCCUCACUCCGACGAGGCCGGACGGUGGCUCAACACUGCCCUUCGCGAUUGCUGCAUAUCUAUUAUAUACGAAGACUACCGGGUGUAUCGUUCGUUUUGAUGCUGUUUGGAGAGUAGCAAAAUGGGAUUUGCGGGAAUUUAUACAGCCAUCUACGACUAUAAGCCCCAGGCUGAGGGCGAGCUUGAGAUAUCCGAAGGCGACCUUCUCUUCAUUCUUGACAAGGCCUCGGAUGAUGGCUGGUGGAAAGCAAAGAAAAAGGCCGUCGAUGUGGAUGACGAGGAACCCGUAGGCUUGGUGCCCAAUAAUUAUGUCGAAGAGGCCCGUCCUACCCGAACCGCACGCGCUCUCUAUGACUAUACACGGCAAACCGAUGAAGAAGUUUCAUUCUCUGAAGAUGCCGAACUCCAAGUGUUUGACACUUCUGAUCCCGAUUGGACUUUAGUACAAGUAAAUUCGGAGUAUGGAUUUGCUCCCUCGAACUAUAUCGAAUUAGUGGAAGAGACUGAGCCUGCCGCGGCGGCUCCUCCAGCCCCUCCGGUAUUGCCUCAAAGAGUCGACCAUCGUGAAACCGAAUCAGAGGGAAUACCGACACCACACUCUCCCGCCAGCCCAGUUGAAAGCCCUGCGGCCGCUCUGGCGGGCAUUCUCAAUAAACAGCAAGAGUCCUUAUCAUCAAGUCAGGCUAGGGAAGCUCCUGCGCCUUCCGCAGAGCAUUCUCUCUCACCACCUACAGCGUUAACUCCACAGGCAUCUGACGAAGACGACAAUGGCCCGCGUCCAGCCCUUCCUCAGCGUCCCGUCUCCCACCCAAGCCCACCACAAGAACCAAUAUCCCCCCCGGAAGAAGAUUCCUAUCCCAUUCGCCGCGAAGUACCCGCCCCCCGCCCUGAGUAUGGUGCUCUGAAAGAGGAGACUUCUCCCGGUAUAAGACCUUCUCCUCCGUACAGCCGAAUAAACACUAGAGAGCGUGAAAAGCCCCAUAGUCCAUCCGCCGUUUCAGCAUCCGGAUACCAUAUUUACAAUAUUAGUGAAAUGAUCUCGAUUAUGGGAAAGCGAAAGAAGAUGCCCACAACCCUUGGUAUUAAUAUUGCUACGGGAACAAUUUUCAUUUCGCCGGAGAAUUCAGAGGAUGGUCCGCAUCAGGAGUGGACUGCAGAACGGCUCACACACUACUCUAUUGAAGGAAAGCAUGUCUUCUUAGAUUUAGUACGACCGAGUAAGAGCGUCGAUUUUCACGCGGGUGCGAAAGAUACGGCCCAGGAAAUUGUAUCUGCAUUAGGGGAAAUUGCCGGAGGAUACAAAGCCGAAGGCUUGAGAGAAGUGAUUGCGGCGGGCACCACCGGCGGAAAGAAAAAGGGCCAAGUUCUAUAUGACUUUAUGGCCCAGGGGGACGAUGAGGUUACUGUGGCCAUCGGAGACGAAGUCAUCAUUCUCGACGAUACCAAAUCAGAAGAAUGGUGGAUGGUGAGGCGAAUGAAGAAUGGGCAGGAAGGUGUUGUUCCAAGUAGCUAUAUCGAGAUCACAGGAGUCGCGACGCCUGCGGAAUCGAGCUUUUCCGGCGUGAAUGCCGGUCUGUCCGCCGUUGAACAAAACCGCCGUGAAGAGGAGCGAUUAGCGAGAGAAUCCGCUCGAAAGUCUCGGAGGCAUGAUCCUGGUUCCGGAGAGCGCCACAAGCGUGAUAGCCGCUCUUCAAAACAGAAGCCCAAUCCUUCGAGAACGAGAAAAUGGACCGAUCGCACUGGUACAUUUACCGUCGUUGCCGAAUUUAUCGGUCUUACAGACGGGAAAAUACAUCUGCACAAACAGAACGGAGUGAAAAUAGCUGUACCCGUUGCUAAAAUGUCGAUCGAAGAUCUAGAAUAUGUUGAAAGAGUUACUGGUGAGUCUUUGGAUGAGGAUAAGCCGCUCUCUGAUAUCCGUCGUCGCAGUCAAAUACCACUAGAGAAGCCAAAAACUGUAGGCGCCUCUAUCAAGAAAGAACCGGAUUAUGAUUGGUUUGAUUUCUUCCUAAAGGCUGGUGUUGGUCCUCAUCUCUGUGAACGAUACGCCCAAAACUUUUCAAAGGACUCGAUGGAUGAGAGUGUUCUGCCCGAUAUUACUUCGGAUACGCUACGUACAUUGGGCCUCAAAGAGGGUGAUAUUUUACGAGUCAUGAGAUAUCUCGAUGGUAAAUAUAAUAGGAAGUCGAAGGCUCGAAACGUCAGUUUCGGGGGUGAAGAAGUGAUUGGCAAUGGAGAAGAAAGCGGAGGCCUGUUUUCUGGCCCUGGAGGAGCCCUUCGCAACAAUACGCGCAAAGGCCGACCUGCUCCCCCCGUACAAACUAGCGAUGUCGUCGAUCCGAAAGCGUUUGAAUUAAAAGACUCCUCGAACCCGUCACCAGUCGGGAAAGAAGCUGCAUUAUCUGCACAGGGGAAGGAUGAACCGAAAGGGUUUGAAGAUAGUGCCUGGGAAGUAAAGCAUCCCAAAGCGACCGCAGAGGCGACCGCGUCACCGCCCGCAAUGGCAACACAAGCUCAGAGCCAGCCAAGUCUCACGGGAGCCAUGGCGGAUCUUUCCUUAUUGCAGGAGCCAUUGCAGCCAUCCAAGGUGUCAUUAGCACCCCAAACAAGCCAGCCAGCAGUAUCUCAACCGCCACCCCAGUCGAUGCCUCAGCAAACACCGCAACAACAGCCACAGAUGACGGGCGCAAAUCCCGCUUUCUUCGCACAAUUAGCGCCUGGCAUAUCCCAAGCGUCCCAGGUCCCUGGAUUAAAUGCGCAGAUGACCGGCUUCGGGCAGCCUCACCAGCAGCAGCAAGCCUCUCAAUUCCAGACGCAACAACCGCCGAUGCCUCCAAGACAGCGCCCACAACCUCCGCCCGCCGUGAGUCAAGGAUCAUUGCUUCCGCCUCCGCCCCCAAGGCCCCUUUCCGCUCCGAAUAAUCCAAGCGCUCUUGGGCCAGUUCCUUUGCAACCCCAGCUCACUGGACUUCCUCAAACCAGCCCACACCUUGCACCGCCUGGCCAUAGCUUAUCGGAGCUUAAUCAACAACGAUUCCAGCAGUCACAAUUGCAACCCCAAGCGACGGGGGUCGCUCCAUUGGGUUACGGAAUGGGCCAGUUUGGAAAUCAGUUAGCCCCUCAGCCGACUGGGUUGAUGGGACAACAACAAGGUACCUUUAUGAAUGGACCACAACACCCAGGCUUUCAAAGUCUAGUUCCGCAACAAACUGGAUAUUCUGGGUUUUCUCAACUGCCAGCACAGCAACCCCUACCAGCUGGGUCUAUCAACUCCGUCCUUCCCCCACCUUUACAACCCCAGCAAACAGGUGCCAACGGCUUCGGAGGGACUGGUAAUUUCACGGCUCCUCCACCUCCUCCGAUACCAGAGCUUCCAGCUGCGCCACUACAACCCCAAAAGACAGGUCCUGCUCCUCCUGUCCGUUUCGGAGUGCAUAAAGACACAAAGAAGCUAACCCCCCAACCCACCGGCCUUAAGGCGAAUCUCGCCCAAGCAACUCCAUCAAAUCCAUUCGGGUUUUAGCUGCCUUCCUUUUCUUUGAAAUUAUAGUCAAACUUAAGUUUUAUAUUGGAUUUAUCAAAUGACCGUUCGAACCAUGCCGGCGAAUUACAGUAUUAUGUGUUGCUCUCUGGUUUCCUCCUAAAAGCCCACCGACUAAUCAGCCAUUUUGGCUCUCCUUGCUCCUUUUGAUUUGAACCUUGAAUAGCCACCGAUGUAAUUACGCGAACUUGCAAACCAGACUAGACGCCAUGUUUCAAGCGCUCUUCUCUGAAGCCUCUCGCCAUUUUUUAUGUCCAUGUCUCUUUCCAAUGCUUUCACGCUUCCAUGGCUUCAUAUCUGCUAGCUCCUCCCCCUCCUCUUUUUUUCUUUUUCUUUUCUUUUCUUUUUUUUUUUUUCCCUGUUUUUCUGUAAUUGUCAUUCAUUUUGGCCUACUCCCGAGUAGCGAGCUUUUUCUUUUCUAGUUUUGAUUAUCCUGUGCCCUUUGCUUACGAUCGCUAGGUCUUGUUCCUCCGGUACUCUUUUCAUAGUUCAUACAUUAUUCACUGUGUACUUACAUGCAGCAUAGCAUUUCCUCUUUUGUCCUUUCUUU